AAGAGAAGUUGCACUGUGGUAAUACUUGUCUUUAUCUUAGAGACCAAGAGUCAUUUUGCAAAUUUGUAGUAUCAUUUCCCUAAACAACUCAGGACCAAAUUGUACUUCGGUUCUUCAGUUCUACUUUUUUGUGGAGACAGAAACACAGCUCUUGACUGCAUUUUUACUUUAUUUUUUUAAGCACUGCUGACAGAGUUAAGAUAACUUUUUAUUGCACCAUGUAUAACUAUGAAACAGCAUUAACAGGUGAAGGAUGUAAUAAUUUAGACAUCUCUUCAUUUUAGAGAAGAUGGAAACAUCAUUGGUUUUCUUUUCUCAAUUAAAUAUGUGUGAAUCAAAAGAAAAAACUUUUUUCAAGUUAAUACAUGGUUCAGGAAAAGAAGAAGCAAGCAAAGAAGCCAAGCUCAGAGCUAAGGAAAAAAGAAAUAGGUUAAGUCUUCUCGUACAGAAACCUGAGUUUCAUGAAGAAACCCACUCCAGUAGAUCUGGGCACUUGGCCAAAGAAACAAGAGUCUCCCCUGAAGAAGCAGUGAUAUGGGGUGAAUCAUUUGACAAACUGCUUUCUCAUAAAGAUGGACUAGAGACUUUUACCAGAUUCCUUAAAACUGAAUUCAGUGAAGAAAACAUUGAAUUUUGGAUAGCCUGUGAAGAUUUCAAGAAAAGUAAAGACCCUCAACAAAUUAUCCUUAAAGCAAAAGCAAUAUAUGAGAAAUUUAUACAGAAUGAUGCUCCACAAGAGGUUAACCUUGAUUUUCACACCAAAGAAGUCAUUACUAAGAGCAUCACCCAACCUACCCUACAUUGUUUUGAUGCUGCACAAAGCAGAGUGUAUCAGCUUAUGGAACAAGACAGUUACACACGUUUUCUGAAAUCUGAUAUCUAUUUAGACUUGAUAGAAGGAAGACCUCAGAGACCAACAAAUCUUAGAAGACGAUCACGCUCAUUCACCUGUACGGAGUUCCAGGAUGUAAAGUCAGAUGUUGCCAUUUGGUUAUAAAGAAAAUUAAUUUUGUUCAUUUUGAUGGCAAACUUGUAAUCUGCUUUUAAAAUAUAGCAUGUUUACUUCUAACAAACGAGUACAUCUUUUAAAAUAAAAUGCAUCAUGUCAAAGUAUUUUAAAAAUGUAAAUCAAAACUUACGUUAUAAUAACACAUACUAUAUCUGCCAAUAUAUUCUGCAAAGCCUUCCAUUUGACUUCAUUCCAUUCAUAAUCAGAAAAACUUAUUACUUAAUGGAAAGAAAGUAAAGAAGUAAUAAAAAUGUUUUAUAAGACCAUAAAGUUGAAUUAAAGUUAAGCUUUUGCAAAAUUGUCAAUACUUAGAACAAAUACCUAGUUUGGAUAUUUUUUUCUACAUGUAAAAAAGUUAAUGCUCAGAUAUCCAUAAAUUUGGAACAUAUUUUCCAUAAUGAUGAAGACUCUUUCUUUCUCUCUCAGUCGUAGAGAGAGUUAGAGGUGGUCCGGUUCUUACAAUAGGAAAAGACAAUCAUGUAUUCUUGGGUUACUGACCCUGGUUCAAGAAUAAGCAAUGUAUCACUUCUAGUUACAAGCCAGAAACAGGAACUUUGGGGAACACACAUUCACCACUAUAGAACUUCCAGGUUAAACAUAACCCACGUGGAUAACUGAGAAUGGUAUCCACGGUUUGGGCUCAUUCUUAAGUGAGCAUGGACUUAUCCAGGAAGUGGAGCACACUUCUAAUGGCCAUAGAAACAUGACCAGAUUAUACAUAGCUCCAGGUUGGGACUAGGAGCAUCUUCUCAUCUGCUAACAGAAAUUGCUACUAAAGUAAUGGGCAGUCAGUGGUUUGAAUGAGACCCAGAGGAGGUUUAUCUCAGAAGUAAUUAAGUUUUAUUUUUGGACUUCUAGGACUGGGAUAAAAAUUAGAAAUGAGAGGAGGUAAAGAAGCAAGGAGUCCAAGGCCCUGGAGACUCAUGCAUCUGCUACAUUGGCCCCUAUAAAUAAAGUGUUUCCCCAUUGAUUGUGUUCUUGUUCCAAGUCUCACUGAGUCAUUUAAUAGUAUAUUAUUCAAAUAAGAUUAUGCUAAUAAGUAUAUAUGUCUCUACUUUAGGGAAAUAUUUAAUUUUAGAUAUGUGUUGCAUGUCAAUGUCUGUAUUUAAUUAUGCCAUACAUUUGGCUUUGGCAAAUGUUAUUUUAGUUGGAAUGUAAAAUAUAAAAAAUGCAGAUCACCUAUAGUAAUAAAUAUUUUUAAUUUCUUCAUUCAUACAGUUAAUGUUUAUUUGACCGCUAAGUGCUCUUGCUGAUUGUUGAUUAUCCUUUCUGUCAUCAAACUACACAUAGACUUAUUUUAGAAUGAUACUGAGAUAGAAAGUAUUAAAGUGUUUUGUCACUGAUCUUACUACUAAUUCAAUUCUUUAUACUGUUAUAAAUAUGAAAACAAGGUAUCAUGCAUUUCAAAAAUCAACUAAGAAAGUGAUUUUUAGUUUUUCUUUGGCUAAAUGAUUUAUAUUUUCUUUUUUCUGUGGAAGUGUCUUUUCAAAGAGUAUGAUUCAUACACAGUUAAGACUUGAUAUACAAGUUUCUGAUCUCAUUAGAAAAAUCAUGGGCUGAUUUUAACAGCAUUGUUCUAGGACCAUAAAUAUAUAUUAUAUAGCUUUUUCAUUUGUAAUACUUUUCAAACAUGUCCAAUAUCUUGUUUAAAGAAUUCAAUGGGACCCUUCAAAAACAUACCAGGACUUUCUGAUGAAGUUAAUGCCUGACUUCAAAGAACUUGUAUCCAUAGGAAGGACAACAUGGUCACAAACAGGAAACAAAAUAAACAAUUAGAGAAGUGAAAAAGCCAAGUAAAAAUGUGCAGACAGUACUGAGCACUGGCUGAAGGCAUCACAGAAAUAUAACGAAAGCCCAAGGACUUGAGAACCUCAGUGCCUGGGCUCCCUAAACAGAUGUAUGAGCCCACAGACAAAAGUCAGUACCUAUGCUGUCAUAUUUUGUACAUAAUAGAAGCUCAGUAAAUGACUAUGGGAUCAAAAGGAAGCAAAAAGAAGCAUUACGAGGAAAGUUCACAUUUCAGCAAAGAAUAAAGGUCUACUCUUAUUGGAAUGUGGCAUGUUUUUAUUUGAAUCCUGGCUCUGCCACUUAUCAAGUGUUGUAGUAUGUUGGGAAAGUUACCUAAGUAUUUUGAACUUCGACUUCUCAUUUGUAAUAUUGAAGUAAAACAUUUACAGUGAUGUUAAGAUGAUUAAAUUUAAAAAUAUUUGUAAAGUAACAAGUAUAGAUUAAUUGACUUUAGCGCAUGAACAAAAGUAUGGGAAUUAUUCUUGGUAUUUAAGUAUCACUUUUUAAUUAUAAUAUAAAUUUUCUAAUGCUUAUGCUAAAAUCAAAUAAAUGUCCUUUGAAAAUAA